AUGCAGACGCUACCGGGGGCAGUUACAUAUCAACUACCUCUUCAACUACAGCCUUCCUCAGCACAACCUCCACCACCACCAGCACCGCAAUCAACCGCCACUGAAACCGAUCAACCGUCUACCUCUGAUGCUCCGCAGGAAACCGUCAACUGGGCCGACCUCGAAUCUGAGUGCGAGUGCAGCGAGUGCGAAGAUCAACAGUCCUCCUCAGCUGGACAACAGGAAUCCACUUCCACUAAUGGCGACAAAGUGCCCGGAACUAGCCGUCCAAAGAAAAUCAAGACCGAGAAUGCUAGUGGUAGUGGCAAUCCGUCGGCACUGAUCUUCCCCUGUCCGGUGGCCUCCUGUAGCCUGGUCUUCCACCGGCGUCAUCAGCUGCGAGACCACCGACUGACGUCCCAUAGUGGCAUGACUUCUGAUGACCCCUCUUCUAAAUCCUUUGCCUGCCGCCACCGAGACUGCGGCAAGGUCUUUCAGUCACCGAAUCACCUUCGCCGACACGAGUGCAUCCACACCAACGUUCGCCCGUACCGCUGCAAGUGGGAUAGCUGCAACUUUGUCGCCAUUCAGCGUUCUGAUGCAAUUCGGCAUGUUCGAGUUAAGCACUGGCACCUUCCGCGUACCUUCAAACUACAGCAAGAGAUGAAUAUUGAAGACACACGCGAUCCGCUGGAGUUCAUUGAGGUGAAUCGCUGA